AUGGGUGUUGCGAGAUUCGAACUUAUGAGAGAUGCAUUGCUAGGACAUCAUGAGAAGAUCAAUAUUCUGCUUGAGAGUUCGAGUGUCUGCAAUAAAAGCUAUAGAUCAUCUUGUUGGGAUGACAACAUGAUUCAACAUUCAACGAUGUCCCGAUUUCUGAAUUUCAAGUUUCUGCUUGUUGAUGGGACUAUAAAAUGGUGUCCUAAGAUUGAAAAAUUCAAGUUUCUGCUUAAACGACAGUUGCGUUGGGACGACAGUAUUCAAUCCUCUGCAUUCAUCUUGCUGAGACUUGAUGAAGAAAGUACUCAAUCCUCUGCGUCUCUACCGUCUUUGCAAGGAGCCAAUGGGAGAGCUCCACUUCAUACCCCACUUUUACCAAUCGUGUGA